GUGAUGAUCAAUUUCCACAGACGUUCUUUAUCCACCUUUUGCCCGAUAUGAACAUUUUUACUCCAUAAUUUUGACUCCACUACAUUUCUAUGAAGGUUGUCAUUACUCGUUACUUUGAAGCAUAGCUUUGAAGUCAACAGUUGAAUAUUUUUUUAUUUUCUAAAAUGCGAUUGGCCACACGCUGUGUUCCUCACAGGAGAAAAACCAAUCACAGUAGCCUACUCCAAAUACGCUGUCGGUCAAGUUCAAAGUGCUUGCUUGUUGCACCAGUGGUCGAACAGUUCAAUUUGAACUUGGCGGCGGUAAUGAUGGCGACGGCAGAAGAUAAGGAUGAUUCUUCGCCACCAGAGCACCCAUGGCCAUAUCUCAAGUCCAUGUUUGAGAUUUGUGAAAUUCAAAAAGAUUCAUAUUGUUUUAAAUGUUUGCUCUGCUUACCGCGCACGAACUACAUCGCUGCAUUCAAAAACUCGCCGUCCAACCUGAAAAAGCAUGUCGAGCCUCCGACCAACCAUGAGUUCCGUCAGAUCCGCCCUUUCCCGCGAGCAGGAGAAGCAGCUGGGCUCCCUCCUCGGCCAUGCGCGGCUGAGCCUGCUGUACAAGGCCAGCGUUCACAGCUACACCGCCGCCGCUUUCCAUGGCCGGUGCGACCUGCAGGGCCCGACCGUGGUGGUGGCCUACAAUGGCGCCGGCUUCGUCUUCGGCGCCUUCACCAGCAAGGACUACACCCAGCGCGGGCAGGUCAUCGCCGACGACAAGGCCUUCCUGUUCAGCUUCCGGGAGGGGGACGGUGGGAAGAGCCCCCUCCGCGUCGCGCCCAAGAGCGAGGCCCAGGCCUUCACAGACGGGAACACGGGGCCCAAUUUCGGCUCGCUGGUCUUCCUGAACGGGAACCAGGCGGCGGUCGCCAGCAAUCCCGGAUCCCUCUACAAUUUCGAGGCGGCGGAGAUGCAUGGCGGGGACCUGGUGCUGACGGAGUGUGAGGUGUACAGAGUGGAGGAUCUUGGAGGCCUUCUGGAGAAGCCUUGGAGAAAUGUCCUCUGGAGUUCUGACCUCCUACCAACCAUGAGUUCUGUCAGAUCCGCCCUUUCCCGCGAGCAGGAGAAGCAGCUGGGCUCCCGCCUUGGCCAUGUGCGGCUGAGCCUGCUGUACAAGGGCAGCGUUCACGGCUACACCGCCGUCGCUUUCCACGCCCGGUGUGACCGGCAGGGCCCGACCGUGGUGGUGGCCUACAAUGGCGCCGGCUUCGUCUUCGGCGCCUUCACCAGCAAGAACUACACCCAGUGUGGGCAACACGUCGCCGACGACAAGGCCUUCCUGUUCAGCUUCCGGGAGGGGGACGGUGGGAAGAGCCCCCUCCGCAUCAUGCCCAAGAGCGAGGCCCAGGCCUUCACAGACGGGAACACGGGGCCCAAUUUCGGCUCGCUGGUCUUCCUGAACGGGAACCAGGCGGCGGUCGCCAGCUAUCCCGGGACGUUCUACAAUUUCGAGGUGGCAGAGAUGCAUGGCGGGGACCUGGUGCUGACGGAGUGUGAGGUGUACAGAGUGGAGGAUCUUGGAGGCCUUCUGGAGAAGCCUUGGAGAAAUAUCCUCUGGCGUUCUGACCUCCAACCAACCAUGAGUUCUGUCAGAUCCGCCCUUUCCCGCGAGCAGGAGAAGCAGCUGGGCUUCCUCCUUGGCCACGCACGGCUGAGCCUGCUGUACAAGGGCAGCGUUCACGGCUACACCGCCGCCGCUUUCCAUGGCCGGUGCGACCUGCAGGGCCCGACCGUGGUGGUGGCCUACAAUGGCGCCGGCUUCGUCUUCGGCGCCUUCACCAGCAAGGACUACACCCAGCGCGGGCAGGUCAUCGCCGACGACAAGGCCUUCCUGUUCAGCUUCCGGGAGGGGGACGGUGGGAAGAGCCCCCUCCGCAUCACGCCCAAGAGCGAUGCCCAGGCCUUCACAGACGGGAACACGGGGCCCAAUUUCGGCUCGCUGGUCUUCCUGAACGGGAACCAGGCGGCGGUCGCCAGCAAUCCCGGGACGUUCUACAAUUUUGAGGCGGCAGAGCUGCAUGGCGGGGACCUGGUGCUGACGGAGUGUGAGGUGUACAGAGUGGAGGAUCUUGGAAGCCUUCUGGAGAAGCCUUGGAGAAAUGUCCUCUGGAGUUCUGAGAUGAAGAAGGAGCUGAUGGAGUUUGUGAGGAACUACAAGCCCAUAAUGAACGCCGUGCGGCAGGCUCGCAUCCUGCUCAUUGGGCCGGUCGGCGUCGGCAAGUCCAGCUUCUUCAACUCCAUAAACUCCAUCUUUUGGGGUCAUGUGACUAGCCAGGCCAUCGCGGGCAGUACCGCAAAGAGUCUGACUACCCAGUUCCGCAGCUACCAGGUCAAGGCUGGGAGGGAGGGCAAGCCCCUCCCCUUUGUCAUGUGUGACACUAUGGGAUUGGAGGAAGCCACAGGGGAGGGGCUUCACUUGGAUGACAUCACAAGCGUUCUGAGAGGCCACGUUAUGGACAGGUACCAGUUCAACCCCUCAGUGCCGCUGCAGCCGGACUCGCUGGGGUAUCGUAAGAGCCCCGCCCUCGGGGACAUGGUCCACUGCGUGGUCUACGUUCUGGACGGCGGCAAGGUCAGGCAGAUGAAGCCCAAGCUGCUGGAGAAACUGCAUGACAUUCGGCGCAGGGUCAAUCUGAUGGGUGUUCCCCAGCUGGUGCUCAUGACCAAGGUGGACGAGGCGUGCCAGCACGUGGGCACGGAUCUGAAGCAGGUGUACCACAGUCACUACAUCCAGAGGAAGGUGGAGGAGUUGGGCCUGCUCCUGGGGAUCCCCAUGUCCUGCAUCAUCCCGGUGAAGAACUACAGCCAGGAGCUGGACCUGGACCAGAACAACGACAUCCUGCUGCUCACCGCCAUCCAGCAGAUGCUGAGGUUCACCGACAACUACUUCGACGACAUCUACCAGGGGGAGGACGAGGAGAGCAGGGGAUAGGCUGGCCUGCCCCGCCCCCUCUGUGUGUCUGAGCAUCUGGAGGAGGGCCGGCCCGAGGGGGUCAGUGACCCCAAAAAAGUACUCCAACGUUUAAAAAAAUAUGAAUUGAAUUGUGUCGCAUAGGGAUGUUUGUGGCUGAAUUACAUUUCUUGCACAAAUGUAGACCACCAAUCAUGUGCAGGGGCAUAACGUGAAUCUAACCAAUCACGAGGGAGAGUGGCAUAAAAUAUUCACAAAGCAAGUAUUUGUGGAAAUAUAAGAGGGAAGCAAACAGAUUAUCAUAAUUAAAAUGGCUUCUCCACACAGUAAGCCCCACAUGUGCUUUUGCAGCUUGGCUUUACUGAAUCUCUGUAACCUUGCCGAUGUUUCUGUCAGAUAAAUAAAUAAAUGGUACAUUUGACAGUA